UCCUUCAUCUCCCCCUUUCACCACCCCCUUCACGCCAACGCCGCCGUCACACGCACACACAGAACACGCGGUAAACCGUCAUGACCACCCGCUUCAAGAAGAACAGGAAGAAGCGAGGCCAUGUCAGCGCCGGGCAUGGCCGCAUCGGGAAACACCGCAAGCACCCGGGAGGCCGCGGGAACGCCGGUGGCAUGCACCACCACCGCAUCCUGUUCGACAAGUACCACCCUGGGUACUUCGGGAAAGUGGGUAUGCGGUAUUUCCACAAGCUCCGCAACAAGUUCCAUUGCCCCAUCGUCAACGUAGACAAACUCUGGUCGAUGAUCCCCCAGGAAGUCAAGGACAAGGCGUCCAAGGACAAUGUCCCGUUGAUCGACGUCACCCAGUUCGGAUACUUCAAGGUUUUGGGGAAGGGUGCGUUGCCGGAGAACAAGCCGGUAGUGGUGAAGGCGAAGCUUGUCUCCAAGGUUGCGGAAAAGAAGAUCAAGGAGGCUGGUGGCGCCGUUGUGCUCACUGCUUAAGAUUCUCUUGUUUUUUGUUAUUUUCUAAAAAUAUGGAGGGUUUAGAUACAAUUUUGGAGUUUUGGGACUGGAUUUUGUCACUGUUAUCUUUUGUUUAAGCUGAUUUAGACUUGUUUAUGUUGAAAAGGUUGUUCCUUUUAUGUUUUUUUGUGUCUGAUUACUGCUGCUGAAUUCUUGCAAAAUUGUCCA